CGUCGGUGUUGUUCUAACGGGUCUUGCGAAGAAGGAUCGAGACAGUUCCAUGGCGAAAGGGAGGAGGAUGUUGGCAUGAAGAGACUGUCAACUGAGUUGAGGAUUACUUGAGUCAGUGACUCGGUCGCGGUCAAGCUAAACAGGGAAACCAAAUAUUGAAGAUAUUUUAUUAAUAAAGGAAAAUUCAGUAUGCCCGAAACAGUAAAUUCAAUCGGUUCUUCUUCUGGGCCUGUUUUAAUUCAUGGCCCAUAUCGGGAAACUCAGUUCAGCGACUCCGAAGAGGCGACGAUCAUCGAUUAGAGAAGGAACUCACUCUGAACUCUGAAGCGUUCAAAGGGAUUCAAUUUUGUGCUCAUUGUCAGAAUUGGAGAUCUCAAACGAGUUUGUGUUGGGAGUGGAUUCAUAUAUAUGUGUACGUAUAUCGCGUUGGAUAUCUAAGUGUUCCACUUAUUUUUGGUAUUCAUUCAUCAUCGAUUCAGGGGUUUUGAUUUUUCCUCCUAUGGAUGAAAACCCUAGUACUAGACUUCAAUACCCUUCCAGAAUCAUCUCCUCGACCAACCAUAGUCAUCCAAAAUCCCCUCAAAAGCCAUCAUUGAAGCAGCAGCCCCAGAACUUUCCCUCACACCUUGAUGCACCUGAUGUGUCUCCCUCUGUUCGAGGUCUCUGUGAAAUUUUGAUCCGGGCCUCCCCACAUGAUAUUGAAUCUGCUCUUUCUUCAUCUGGGAUUGCCCCUACCCAGGACAUCGUCAAUGAGGUCCUCAGGUUCUCCUACAACUACCCUUCAUCUGCCGUGAAGUUCUUCCGGUGGGUUGGCCUCUCUCUCAAGCACUCUGCACUUUCCUGGAACCUUGUUGUUGAUUUGCUUGGAAAGAAUGGCCUAUUUGAGCCAAUGUGGGACGCCAUUCGCUCCAUGAAGCAAGAAGGAGUACUCUCCUUGGCCACCUUUGUCUCUGUUUUUGGGACCUAUUGUGUUUCUAAUAGAUUUGAUGAGGCUAUAAUGAGCUUUGAGGUCAUGGAGAAGUACGGUGUGCAGCAGGAUGUUGUCGCAGUGAAUUCUCUGUUGAGCGCAAUUUGUCGUGAGAAGAAUCAGACUUCCAAAGCUUUGGAGUGGUUGGAAAGGAUUAAGUCAAAGAUCCCACCCAAUGGCGACACCUAUGCCAUCUUGUUAGAAGGAUGGGAGAGGGACGGUAACGUGGCGAAAGCUAUGACCACAUUCGGUGAGAUGGUAGUUCACAUCGGGUGGAGCCCAGAGAACAUGUCUGCCUAUGAUACAUUCUUGACGACACUUGUUCGUGGACACCAAUGUCCAGACGCGGUGAAGUUUCUCAAAUUGAUGAAGGGGAAUAAUUGCUUGCCAGGUUUGAAAUUCUUCUCUAAUGCUCUUGAUAUCCUUAUUAAGCAAAACGAUUCCUCCCAUGCAAUUCUGUUGUGGGAUAUCAUGGUGGGAAGUGGAUUAGUUCCCAAUUUGAUAAUGUACAAUGCGAUGAUUGGCUUGCUUUGUGACAACAAUGAGAUUCAUGAUGCGAUUCGGUUGCUUGACGAUAUGGUGUUUCAUGGAGCUUUCCCUGAUUCUUUGACGUAUAAUAUGAUUUUCCAAUGUCUAAUAAAGGACAAAAAGGUCCGUGAGGUGGGCAAGUUCUUCGUCGAGAUGAUCAAGAAUGAAUGGCCUCCGACCCCUUCUAAUUUCAGUGCAGCCAUCGCAAUGUUGUUCGAUGGUGAUGACCCUGAAAUGGCGUUUGAAAUAUGGAAUUACAUGGUCGAGAAUCAGGUAUCAUCUCUUGAUGACAGUGCGAAUGCUUUGCUCAUUGGAUUGCGUGAUUUGGAUAGGUUGUCAGAGGUGAGGAGGGUUGCAGAUGAUAUGCUCCUUAGACGAAUAAAUAUAUAUGAAUCAACAAUGGAAAAGUUGAAGAAUGCUUUUUAUAAAUGCGGCCGAAGUGGAAGGGAUAAAUAUGAUAGACUUUCAAGGAGAUGGAAACAUUCCUAAAUGUCAUUGUCUAAAGUUCCUUUUUUUUUUUCCUUUCUAAGUUUGAUUUUAGUGAUGUUUAACAAGAUUUUGGACACCUGGCUGUCAUUAUUGAAAAAACUUUUUAAGUUAAGGCAGGUUCUACUUUUUCUUAAUUGGCUGGUUUGUCCAUUUGUGUAUAAUUAGUAAUAGUUGGUACUCAUUUUCCCA